UUAAUUGUCAAAUAGAUGCCUUUAUGUCCUAUGUAGUGCCCUUAGUCGAGGACAUGUGCAGUGAUUUAGGAUUGAACCCAUGUUAUAUGUGCAGGUUUAGUGUGUAAUGUACCAUCCGCUCCAGCAGGCGGCACCGGAGAGCGGUUUGUGUUUAAUGACACUGAGACCUUCAGAACCAAAACACAAAGCCACACGGAAGGAAGGAGACUCUGGUCUGAUCAUGCAGCUGAAGGGGAGAACCUCGGGGUCAUGAGCCGCCACACUUCACCUGCAGGAGCGGAGUGUGUGUCUGCCGGCGCUGUGAUGAGGGAGUGGUGGCAGCGUGUGGUGCUGCUGUUGUGCGUUCCUCUUCUCGCCGUCUACCUGCACAUCCCGCAGCCUCCGCUUUCACACGCGCUGCACACCUGGCACUCCUCCGGGCGCUUCUUCAGCUUCCGAGGAAACGAGAUCUUUUACAGAGAGUCGCUGGGCGCUGUAGGGAGCUCUGAUGUGGUGCUGCUGCUUCAUGGGUUUCCCACCUCGAGCUACGACUGGCACAAGAUUUGGGAGCCUCUGAGUCAGCGGUUUAACAGAGUCAUUGCACUCGACUUCCUCGGCUUCGGCUUCUCUGACAAACCUAGGCCGCACCGGUAUUCGGUGUUCGAGCAGGCCGGUGUAGUGGAGGCUUUAAUCUGGCACCUGGGCCUGGCUGAGCAGAAGAUCAACCUGCUGUCACAUGACUAUGGAGACACUGUAGCACUCGAGCUCCUCUACAGGAGUGACAACAAUCGAACUGGACACGUGGCCAUAAGCAGUCUCUGCCUUUCAAACGGAGGUAUAUUCCCCGAGACGCAUUACCCGAGGUUUCUUCAAAAGGUCCUGAAGGAUUCUGGUUUCAUCUCCCCUCUGAUUACCAGACUUAUAAACUUCUACCUCUUCUCGAAAGGGAUCGGAGACGUCUUCGGUCCGUACACGCAGCCGACCGAAGCCGAGCUCUGGGACAUGUGGACAGGAAUCCGCUUUAACGACGGAAACUUGGUCAUGGACAGCAUCCUGCAGUAUAUUAAUCAGAGACUGAAGCACAGAGAGAGAUGGGUUGGAGCGCUCACCUCUACAUUAACCCCAUUGCACAUGAUCUACGGACCGCUCGAUCCGGUGAAUCCGUCCCCCCAGUUUAUUCAUCUCUACCAAAAACUAGUUCCAAGGUCGACUAUAACGGUUCUGGAUGAGCACAUCAGCCAUUACCCACAGCUCGAAGAUCCCAUGGGCUUCGCAAACGCCUACCUCAACUUCAUCAACUCUUUCUGAACAGCGCACGCUGCCGUCACGCGCUGCACCGCUGGACACGAGGCGAAGCGAAAUCACGGCCCGGGGUCGUCAUCGCAGAGUAAUGGUAUUAUGAGCUAUGAAGAAAGAGAACUCAACAAUUGCUCAGAUCAUCUAUAGAUUUCUUUUUUCAGUAUUACUGAUCUGCAGGUUUUAAAAUCAGGAUUCGAAACUAUGAUAUGGGCACUGAACACAUUCACGAGUCCUAAAAUAAUUCUACAGCAGUGGGCUUAAACGUCUUAGUGGAAAUUCUUAUUAAUUAGGAAAGAUAUAGGUUUGAUAUCUUUAUGGUGACUAAACUAAACAAUCGUGAUGUUUCAGAUUAUAAACCGGUUCGAACCAGAUUUUUUUCUCUCUCCCAGUUUAUCGCCAUUGUAGGCAGGCGUGCAAAAAAUCGAACUCUCAUUAACGUAGCGAAAUCUUUCCAGACAGAAACGAUCAGGGUAGAUAAUGAUAAAUGUGGGUCAGUAUAUUACACGUCUGUCUCAUUAAGAACAGGUAGGAUGUUUGAAAACAGAGCUAAUCCAUCCAUUCUGCACGUAUCUAAAUCUCAAACAUGAUCGUCCUUCGAUGAGAGAAAACACAGAGGAGGUGUUUGAGACCGUCAUCUGGACAAACUAAACGCGGUGUUCCCGUUUCUAUGCUGACAUUUCGCCACGCUGCAUGGCUUUAAGGUUAUACAAGCUAGCUGUGAAUACUGUGACAUGCAAAUCAUUAGCUGCUCCUCCGUCGGAACUGGCGAGUCGCAUCUUCGCUGGUUUAAUUGGUGCCACAGUGCCAAGGCUUCAAAUCCAAGCAGUGUGCGUAGGUCAAGCGUCUCUGCUCUCUCUAAUCAUCACACUCUGAAAAGACCAUCAGUAUCUGAACUGUUUUAUUAAAUAAAUGUUUCUUUGACUUUUGACAAGGACGCUUUUUGUCUUAGAUAAGAGGUUCCCAUCACUAGUACUGGAAAGCCGACUGUCCUUCCUGAGUUGUAGUGGGUGUGCUAGGGCAGGGGAUAACGCUCAAAUGUGCAGGACAGGGGGUAUUAUUCCAGGACCAGAGCUGGGAACCUGUGUCUUGGAUCAAGUAGAACCACCCUCAUGCCAUUUAAGGAAAAUACUUUUUUUUUUUUUUUUUUCAAACAAAUCCUGACUCACACCAGCUUUAAGAUGUAUGCAACUUGAAUAUUUCUGAAAGCGUAUUUGUAACGAAUCAAUAAGAAAAAGACGCAUUAGACAAGCAGAGGUAAUAAAACAACAAAAAAUGCGCA